AGAUAGCAGCACUGCACGUCUGGGCAAAACCGCGCGGCGAAGGAAGGUCGGUCCAAACACCAUAAGCGAAGGAGUCUCUGUCUCUCUCUCUCUGUGUGAACGCAAAAGGCGCAGACAUGGCUGGAGGAAAACGAGGAGGACGAAGAAGAUCAAACAACAACAACAACAACAACAACAGAGACGAAGGAACUAGGAGCAGCAACAGAAGAAGAUCAUUUGGCCGAGGUGGUCUGUUUGUCGAGGGCGGUCUUUUGUCUGAUUGGUCUAUACCUCAAACCCCAAUAACAGUUGCAGGGAGGAAUUCGAGUUUGAAUGACAAGAAAUCUGGGUUGAAAUCAGGAGGGAAAUCAGGUUCUGAUUCUAAAAGUGGUUCUCGAAAAUCGAAUGUCAAUGCUAUAGGAUACCGCUACCCUUCUCCUGAACUUCAGGAAGGAUUUAGUUCAAGGUUCCGUGUUAAGAGUGACAGUGAGGAUGAGAUUAUGGACGAGUCAAGCCCUAUGGUUUUAGUUGAUCUCAAUGAUACCAAAAUUUUAGCUCAUGCAGACCAGACCCCAGCUUUAGAACCCCAAGAUGUGAAAUUUACGUAUCACUAUGGUUCAAGUUUUGUGUUAGGUGAAAGCUCUCAUAGAGGAUUGGGGUUCUCUGAAGAACUUGAGGAAACCCCAAGUGAAGUUGAAACUUCUUUGAAACAAAUGGAAGAUCCAGGGGACAUGUGUUUUGGAUUAAUGUCUUCUGAGAAGGAUGCCAACCAGGGGAAUGAUUAUGAAGUUCGUGAUGAUAUGGUCGAAGAUCUGCCGACAGAGGUGAUGUCUUCUGAUGAAAAUUCAGGUUUUCUAUCAUUUGGAGGCAUUAGAUUGUACACCCAAGAUAUAUCUGAGGAAGAAAGUGAGGAAGAUGAAAAUGGGGUGUCAUUGUAUGAAGGAAACUCUGAAAGUGGAGAUUCUGAAGAGAUGUCUGAUAGUUAUUCAGAUAUUGAUGACGAGGUUGCAGAAGAUUAUUUAGAGGGAAUUGGUGGGAGUGACAACAUUUUACGUUCCAAAUGGUUGCUAGAACAGCAAUUGGAUAUGUCUGAUACGGAUAGUUCUUCGAGUAGUGACUUUGAUGAGACUGUUGAAAAGUUGGGUGGUAUUACUCUUCAGGAGGCAUCUAGGCAAUAUGGUAAGAGAAACGCCUGUUCGCAAAAGAAACACAAUGCGACUGAAGGUUAUGCUCAGCCUUUGGCUAUAGAUGACCUAAUGCUUGUAAAGGAUUCCAGAAUUCGUUCUGCAAAAAAGAAGCCUGUCACUAAGUUUCCUCAGUCUUGGCCUUUGGAGGCUCAAAGGAGCAGCUAUUCGAGAAAUAUUCCUGGUAAGAAAAAACAUCGUAAAGAAAUGAUGGCUGUGAAGCGUCGAUACAGAAUGCUGCGCCGAGGUGUUGACCUUGAGCAGAUAAAUUUGAAAUUAAAGCAGAUUGUUUUGGAUGGAGUAGAUAUGUUCUCUUUUCAUCCUAUGCAUUCACGGGAUUGUUCGCAGGUGCAACGAUUAGCAGCGAUCUAUCAACUGAAGAGUUCCUGCCAAGGAUCCGGAAAAAAGAGAUUUGUAACGCUGAUGCGGACACAACACACAGGCAUGCCAUCUGCAAUCAAUAAAAUUCGUCUUGAAAAGUUGAUUGGAGCUGGCAUGGAGGAUGAUGAUUUUACUGUUGUUGAGCCUACUGGAGGCAAAAAGAAGUCAGUGAGAACCAGAAAAGGGUCUGGCUUAAAGGCACCAGAAUCUAAAGAUUCCACCCAAAGAAAGGUCUCAGUCAAACGUGGAAGUAGCAGAGCCUGUGAACAAAAAAGUAGUGGGAAAAAGGAUUCAUUUGCUGAUAAACCAGUGUCAUUUGUAUCAAGUGGUGUGAUGCAAUCACAGACUGAUAUAGCAACUAUUGAUUCGGUGGCAUCACUGACUGAGAUCAUGGCUAUUGAUUCAACAAUAGAUUCAAGUUGUAGAAAUAAGGGUGCUCUCGGCUCAGCUGAUUUCUGUUCGUUUGAGGUACACACCAAGGGUUUUGGAUCAAAGAUGUUGGCUAAGAUGGGAUUUAUUGAAGGUGGUGGAUUGGGGAAAGAUGGACAAGGAAGGUCAGAGCCUAUUGAAGCAGUCCAGCGUCCUAAAUCUCUUGGAUUAGGUGUGGAAUUUUCCAACACCAUUGGUGUCCAAGUCAUCAAUACCCCAGCAAAACAAAACCCAGCAAAAAACACUCCAGCCAAGCAUAAGUCAGCUAAUAGCGUGCCGACAAAGAGCAACUCAGUAAGAAACAAACCUCAAACUGAGAGAGUGGGAUCUUUUGAAAGGCAUACCAAAGGUUUUGGAUCAAAGAUGAUGGCAAGGAUGGGGUUUGUUGAAGGAAUGGGGCUGGGAAAAGAUUCGCAAGGCAUUGUCAACCCUCUGGCUGCAGUCAGGCUUCCAAAAUCCAGGGGGAUAGGUGCCUAAAGUCAGAUUCUUGUGUUAGCGAAAUCGUAUACCCAUUAGUUAAACUUUAAGUUCGACUCAUUUUCUUGCAUGUAGUACAGUUUGCAUAUACCUUGUCAAUCUGUCAUCAACCAUUUAACUUAUUACUUGUAUUUCACUCCUCACAGAUCUGUACAUUAAUUUGGUGUUGAUGAAAAUAAACAUGUGGUACAGAGUGACCAUCUAAGGACAUAAUGUCUGUCUGUUUUCCUGAUUUGCCAUUCUGCAAUUGUUACAAAGGCAUUUAAUUGCUCUUGAUUGCUG